CUAAACUACCUCGUCAAUAUUGACUCUGAGGGAAAGCUUCGUUGGGCGCGAAAUGACGAGCUUGUGGACACGACGCCUGGUAGAUGGAAAGAUGCAGGAAACGGGCAGGGCAUCAUUCCCGAUGACAUUCCAGAGACCUCGGGUCAAAUUGCAGCCUCCAUAGCAUCUCCGAGAAGCUCGUUCUCUGGAGAGGAAGGCGAGGCAGCCAACCACUACAUUGGACCUGCAAAGGGUAAAACGAAGGCGACGAGAGCCUUCAGAAAGUAUCUUACAAUCCAUGGCAUCGUAGAUAAGCUUCUGAAGAAGACUGUCCGGAGAAACACUUGGAUAUAUGUCUCGGUACGUCUCGUCCUGACCUAUCUAGUUGCACAAAGUCAUUCUUAG